GGGCCGGGGCACGCGGCGCGAGCAUCCAACCGCCCCUGGUAAUGCGCGGGGAGGUCGAGGCCACGCACUGACCCCUCGAGCCCGAGCGGUUAGGUCGCCAUAGCGCGCGGGCUCUGAAGUUUCUGGAAGUAACGGCCGGAGUUCGGUGACGGUUGCGAAAAUGGCAAAUAAAGUAGGGGCUGAAAGUGAUGAGCAAAUGACUCAAGAAUUGGUUCCAAAAGAUGAUGCACAAAUCAGUUCAGAAAGCAGUGAAACCACAUUAGAUCUAGAGCCGUCGCAGACUGCACCUGAAGAUGUAUCAUCCUCUAAAAUGAAAAGUCUCCUUAGAUCAUCUGAAGCAAAUUAUCAACAGCUGCAAGAAUUUCUAACAAAGCACAGGAAACUAAUACGUCUUGUUAUUCUCGUUACCUUGCUGGCAGGCUACUUUUGUACGGUGAUUGCAGCAUGUAUUUUGAACUUCAAAAGAGCCGUUGGACUUCUUGUGUUAACUCUGUUGGCCAUUUUCUUUGUUUGCUGGGAUUGGUUGAUGGCAAGAUAUGGAGAAACACUAUCUGAUCACUUUGCUUCAAGAAACAACAUUUUCAAAGCACACAAGGUUCUACUAAAAUUUGCAUUGUAUGCUGCUAUGAUUAUAUUCACCAUACUUUGGUUAAUACUGGACACACGAAAGGAAGGUGCCAACCAGAUCAUUUCCUUUGUUGGACUUUGUAUGUUUGUCAUCUUCACAUUCGUCUUCUCCAAAUAUCCAGGGAAGGUAAAGUGGAGAACUGUUAUCUGGGGUUUAAGCUUGCAGUUUCUUUUGGCGCUGAUAAUUCUGAGAACGCAUGCAGGAUACGUUGCCUUUAACUGGUUGGGAAUACAAGUGCAGAUUUUUCUGAAUUACGUAGAAGCUGGUUCUAAAUUUUUAUUUGGUGAGACAUAUACAGACCACUUUUUUGCUUUUAAGGUUCUGCCAUUAGUGAUUUAUUUCAGUGCAGUAAUUUCCAUUUUAUAUCACCUUGGAUUUGUCCAGUGGCUCAUUAUGAAGAUUGGCUGGUUAAUGCAAAUAUCGAUGGGUACAUCUCCCACUGAAUCACUGGUGGCAGCAAGCAACAUAUUUGUGGGGCAGACUGAAUCUCCACUGAUGAUUCGCCCAUAUAUAACAGAUCUUACAUUGUCUGAACUACAUUCUGUAAUGUGUAGUGGAUUUGCUACCAUUGCAGGAUCUGUCCUGGGAGCCUAUGUUUCAUUUGGGGUUCCAGCUGCCCAUUUGCUAACAGCUUCAGUGAUGUCUGCUCCUGCUGCUCUUGCUGUUGCUAAAUUGUUCUGGCCAGAGACAGAAAGGGCUAAAAUAACAGCCAACAGCAAUAUCAAAUUCGAUAAAAGGCAAGCGAAAAACUUUAUAGAAGCAGCCUGUCUGGGAGCGAGUAUUGCAAUCCCUUUGGUGGCAAACAUUGCCGCUAACCUUAUUGCAUUUUUGUCCCUCUUGGCUUUUAUUAAUGCUGCACUUGGUUGGUUUGGAAAUAUGUUUAAUGAACCUGACCUCAGUUUUGAACUAAUUUGUUCCUACGUCUUUAUGCCAAUUGCGUUCAUGAUGGGUGUGGACUGGGCUGACAGUUUUAUCGUUGCUGAGCUUCUAGGAGUAAAAACUUUCUUCAAUGAGUUUGUAGCUUAUCUGCAGUUAGCUGAUUUGAUAAAAAAAAGAAUUGAUGGCCUACCUGAGUUCAUUGACAAUCGCAAGCAAUACUUGUCAGUCCGUUCUGAAACUAUAGCUACGUAUGCCCUGUGCGGAUUUGCUAACAUUGGUUCUGUUGGUAUUGUGAUAGGAGGACUGUCAUCAAUAGCUCCAGCAAGAUUUCGUGACAUAGCAGCUGUCAGUAUUAGGGCUCUGAUUGCUGGGACUGUUGCCUGCUUCAUGACUGCUUGUGUGGCAGGUAUGAUUACCAAAACACUGUUACUCAUAACUUGCUGUAAGAGAGAAAAGACUGGCAUGUAUUAUUAGUUUGACUUUUGUUCAUCUAACCUAAACAAUACUUUGUAGCACAUUGCUGAAAAUGUGAACUGAUUGUCUUGCAGUUAAGGAAUAGGCCUGAUAGAAUGAAGCAAGGUAUUG